GAUGUGUGAACGCGAGCAGCGCCGCGGGCGUGUGGGUCUGACACCCGCGAGCCCACACCGAGCGCCUGCGUGGGGGCCACCGACGUGCCCGCGCUGGGGGCGCAGCCGGGGCCCUGGCCUCGCAGCCCGGCUGCGUAGACGGCUGGCAACCGCGUAAACAGACUCGGAUCGCUCCAGCCCGCGCUGAGUGCGGGGAAGACGACACCUCGGGGAGACGGGGAUGUGGUCCAGCUUCAACGAGUGGUUCUGGCAGGAGAAGUUAUGGUUACCACCCAACAGCUCGUGGGUUGCCCUGGAGGACCGAGAUGGCCUGGUCUACCCCCACCCCCGGGACGUGCUGGCAGCCCUGCCCCUGGCACUGGCCCUGGUGGCCAUGCGCUUCACCUUCGAGAGAUUUAUCGGCCUGCCCCUGAGCCGGUGGCUGGGUGUGCGAGAUCAGGCCAGGAGGCCAGCAAAGUCAAAUGCCACUCUGGAGAAAUACUUCCUCACAGAGGGGUGUAAACCCAAGGAGCCCCAGAUAGCCUUCCUCGCUGCCCAGUGUGGCCUCACGCUGCAACAGACCCGGCGCUGGUUCCGGAGACGCCGGAACCAAGACCGGCCCUGCCUGAGCAAGAAAUUCUGUGAGGCCAGCUGGAGGUUUGUCUUCUACCUGUGCUCCUUCUUCGGUGGCCUCUCCAUCCUCUACCACGAGUCAUGGCUGUGGACACCGGUGAUGUGCUGGGACAAUUACCCAGAUCAGCCCCUGAAACCGGGCCUGUACUAUUGGUACCUCCUGGAGCUGAGUUUCUACAUCUCACUGCUGAUCACGCUGCACUUGGAUGUCAAGCGCAAGGAUUUCAUGGAGCAGGUGGCACACCACUUCGUGACCAUCACCCUGAUCGUCUUCUCCUACAGCGCAAACCUGCUGCGCAUCGGCUCUCUGGUGCUGCUGCUGCACGACGCCUCGGACUACCUCCUGGAGGCCUGUAAGAUAUUCAAUUACACGCGUUGGCGGAAAGCAUGCGAUACCCUCUUCAUCAUCUUCUCCUUGGUCUUCUUCUACACUCGCCUCGUGCUCUUCCCUACACAGAUCCUCUACACCACAUACUACGAGUCCAUUGCCAGCUCGGGCCCCUUCUUCGGCUACUAUUUCUUCAACGGCCUUCUCAUGAUGCUGCAGCUGCUGCACGUGUUCUGGUCCUGCCUCAUCCUCCGCAUGAUCUACAGCUUUACGAAGAAAGGCCAGAUGGAGAAGGACGUCCGCAGCGACGUGGAGGAGGCCGACUCGAGCGAUGGGGACGUGGCCCAGGAGUCCCUGCCCCUGAAGAACGGGGCGGCCCCCACCGACGGUCCUCGGAGCCGGGCGCCCGGGCGGCUAGCCAACGGGCACGCGCCAGCCACAUAGCCGGCCGAAGACCGGCCUCGCGGGCCUGCUCCCGGGGCCCUGUGGCUUGGAUUUGGGGGGCGGCGGGACCCGAGGCCCCGGGGCGGCGCUGGAGACAGGGAGGGACCUCCCGCAGGGGCAGGGGCAGGGCUGAUGAUCUGUCUCCAGCCCCCUCUCUCUGCCCAUCCUUCCCUUCCCUUCCCUUGGGCAACUGGACAGAGCUGGGGAGGGCGGGCGGUAGCCUGCCGGAGCCACCUCCAGGCUGAAAGGGGUCCAAUAAAACUUGAACGGAGCCAA